AUGUUCUUUAAAAAGUGUUACUACGCCCCACCUGAAAAUCUAGCUUAUAAAACAUCCUCAUACUUACGUGAUGAUAGUUUCUCACGCACAAGGCCACCAAUUACUGAGGCAACCCUUCCUAUAGCAAAUAUACCAGGUCUGCCACCUUCAAGUUUACCAACUUCUGAUCUACCCACUUCACCGACUUCGGGUUUACAAACUUCAAGUUUACAAGUACCUCCUAAAUUAGCUUCGAUACCUGAAGAAAGUGGAACAAAAGUGGAACCUUCUGAGUCUUCCGAAGAGGUCGGAGAAGGUUCUAGAAUUGAUACUGGCAAUAUUCGUAUUACUGUUGACGUGCGAACCGAGGUGUUCGAACAAGAUACUCAAAAAGAUUAUGAGAUCGUAUAA